AUGGAGAUAAAAGUGAUCGUUGUGAUGAGGAACCCAAAAGAUGUGGCGGUGUCUUAUUACAACUUCGAACAACAAAACCCAUGGGCCCAAUCUCAGGACUCCUGGGAUGGCUACUACAGAGAAUUUAGAGAUGGCAAAGCUGUCUUUGGCCCGUACUACGACCACGUGCUAGGAUGGUGGCAGAUGAGAGACGACCCGCACUUUCUGUUCCUGAAAUACGAGGAUAUAAACAGGGACCUGACAUCGGCUGUGAAGACCAUAGCCUCGUUCCUGAAGAAGGAUCUGACUGACGACGCUGUCCGUGCUGUGGUCGAAGCCUGCAGUUUCCAGACUAUGAAGGAGAGAUACGCUCAGUCAUCCUACAAACCGUUACAAAUCUUCACCAGGAAAGGUAAGAUCGGUGACUGGAAGAACUACUUCACCGUGGAGCAGAAUCGUGAAUUUGAUGCUGAAUAUGAAUACCAAAUGGCAGGAACAGGACUGAGCUUCGAAUUUAAGUAA